AAGCUUGAUUUUCGUGGCAGGAAGCAGCAGCAACAAGAUGAUGAUGGAGACGGGUACCGAGAAGUUCAAGCGCAAGUUCGCCGAGAACCCGUUUGUGCCGGUGGGCUGCGCCGUGACGGCGGUGGUCCUUGCAGGCGGCCUGCGCACGUUCGUCUCGGGCGGCGACUCGCGGACACAGCAAAAGUUCAUGCGUGCUCGUAUCUUCGCCCAGGGUGCGACCGUGGUGGCGCUCGCCGUCGGCGCCAUCAUGACCGACAACAAGUCGGCGACUGGCAAGUACCUCAACGGCCUCAAGGACCAGCUCCUCGGCAAGACCGUGGCCGGCGAAGAGACCAAGUAACGACAACACGCUUGUUUUUAUAUAGUAGAAGCAUCGA